AUGGUUUUGGAAUCCACGGUUGUAUGGUGAGAUUCUUUACCAGUUUUCCAUGUGAUAUGAUAUUGAUGGAAUGAUAUUUAAAAACUUGGUUGUAAUUGCUUUUUUUGUACAGCGUUGAUAACAGUGAGUGGAUGAGAAAUGGCGAUUUUCUUCCCACGAGACUUCAAGCACAACAAGAUGCUGUGAGCUUGGUUUGUCACUCGAAAACUAGACAAAACCCAGAAAAUAAUGUUGGUCUCAUGACUUUAGCCAGGUGAGUAUGUAACUCAUACUGAUCGCAAACAAAUUUCAUGCCCAUUAAGUCAUUUAAAGAUACUCGAGUACAAACUUAAAUUGCAUUCUCACAUGAAAUCUUAGAUUUCAUCGAGUAAAGGAUUAAGUUUCAAAAGAAACUGUGGUCCUGUGUCGGUGAGGGUAUUACUAGAUAAUUGGGUUUUAACAAUUGCACUGGUAGUGUCAGUUGGCGCCUAUAAAAAGUCUCUGUAGAUGAUGUUUGGAGUGUUAGCUUCGUCAGAGUGAAUAGAAGAAUUGUGUGUGUAGUUUGUAAACAGACAGAUGGAGCUGUGAUAUUGUGGGAACAUGGUAACGUGAAAAAAUCUGGUCAUCAUGUUCCCAACAUUAGCAUACCUUUAUCUUUCUGUAUGCAGUCAAACAUGUAUAAGCAUGGGUGAGCACUAAACACAGGUUCCAUUGUAUAAAUAGAAAGAGAACAAUGGCAACCAAUGUUUUAAUCUGGCUGUAACCUUUAGAUAUUUUGGAGCCAAGUGGCCACUGAAAAAAAUUAAUUUUAUGCCCUGUAUCUUAAAAAAAAAUAUGUGAAAAACAUUUCAGAGCCUCAUAACUAUGAGAAAACUUUCCAGAGGGGCAUACCCUCACACACUUUCCUUUCCCUCCUAAUAUCCCAAUAGACUCCUGUUUGGGUGGUUCACGUUUUAAGCCAUCCUCUCAAUGCCCUUGGCUAAAAACUCCUUAAAUUACAGGGAAUUCUGUCCAUCCUAACUAUGCAUUCAUGCUGAGAUGAAGCUCUUAUAGUUUUCUUGAAGCUCUGUUGAAGGGCCAACACUUAAAACAUCAGCUUUAUAAACUCUUUACAGUGGCUGGUUUAUGUUAACAAUUCAGUAAAUAAAACCAAAUUGUCUUGUACUACCCACCUUAUGACACAUCACCACAGUUUCUUUAGAGACUUAACCCUUUGUUAGUUGUCAUUUGUUAAUUAUUCCCAUUUUGUUCAAAGUUUAAUCAAAUAGCUCUCUCUUGUUACUCACAGCUUAGAGGUGCUUGUCACAUUAACAACAGAUGUUGGAAAAAUCCUGGCCUCCCUGCACAAAGUUCAGUCAAAAGGAGAUAUCAAAUUCCUCACAGCUGUCAAAAUAGCUCAUGUGAGUAUUACCAAGUUACUAUUCCGAGUCAUAAUUUUGUUUUGAUGAAUCAGCAAGUUAUGAUGUGUUGUGGUUAUUAAUUUAUGAGGCAGGAAAAUUGCUCAAAAGUCUUAACGAUUAUAUGGUUCAGGCUGCACUUUUCAUAUGCUACUUUUCCAACUUCUUCCCAACUAGUUGGUUCUAAAACAUAGACAAGGUAAAAAUCACAAAAUGAGGAUUGUUGUGUUUGUUGGAAGUCCUGUGGAAACUGAUGAGAAAGAGGUAAGUGCUGUGUGUUGUGUUCUUUUCACUAAAUGAGCAAGCAGUGUGCCAGUGAAACUACUCAACUACAUUUCAAGGCUGAGGUAGUAACCUCCAAGAAAAAUAAAUACACUUUUCUUUUCCCUCAGCAGGGUUCACCAAUUGGAAAAGAAUGUACAUCCUUUCCGGCCAUUUUGUAGUUAUUGGGCUGGAGGGUUUUUCUGUUGUAUUGGUUUUCAUAAUGUUAGUUGUAAGUUAUACCAGGGCUUACUGUAUAGUGUAGGUACAGCUAAGGUGUAUGGCACUGUCUAAAUGAAUUCACGACAAAUGAAAGACCCUUUUAAUAUGGCCUGAUUCUGAUUUUUAUCUCUAAUAUACAUGUAGAUGAUCCUAAAUUGCAUUUUUUCAUUUAAUUUUUUUUCAUCAAGCUUGUGAAGCUUGCCAAGAAACUGAAAAAAGAAAAAGUGAAUGUGGACAUUGUUAACUUUGGUGAAGAGGUAUUGUUAUUGUUAGUAUAGUUGUUGUUAUUAUUAUCCAUCACGUUCAAGGAUCAUGUGUCACCAAUCUAUUCUACCGUUCCCUUGUCUCAGCUCUAUCUGGGAUGAAGGAUUAUUUUUGUAACUGAUUGGAAAGGAGUAAGGUCAAAAAAGGAAUAUUUAAAUACUCACUUCCUGAUAUGCAAAUACAGGGCUUGCUCACUCAGGUGCACACUUUGAUGUUGUUGUGAAGUUUGUUCAUCAUAGUGAGACAGGUUUUGGUUCAUUAUGUUUUUUAAUUGUGCAAUAUGAAAUAAAACUACCACAACAACUGCUGUAGUAAUGUUUUGUAAAAGAAUAUGAAAAUUUCAGGUACUGGUAAGUCAAUUUACUUGAUCCUUCAUACUCAUCUUGUUAGUAGGAAGCCAUGUCCAUGAACAAACUACCCUCCAAUCCCAAUUAUUUCUUGUCUUUGUUUCAGUAUGCAAAUAUGAAUUGUCCUAUUUAUCAGUUUUUCUGUUAGAGUUGUUUAGAGGACAUUUUUUUUUUGUUUUCAGACUGCAAAUUCUGACAAACUGACAUCAUUCAUAAACACACUGAAUGGUAAGGAUGGGAACCUGUGUCACUUGGUCACAGUGCCACCAGGCCCACUGCUCUCAGACGCGCUUAUUUCGUCCCCCCUUCUGCAAGGGGAAGAUGGAGCCCCAGCUGGAAUGGAGUACGCUUCAGAGUAUGGCUUUGACCCUAACUCUGAUCCUGAACUUGCAUUGGUUAGUGAUUAGGGUUCUUCUAAGCAUUUUCAGCCCUACCACUGGGGUGAAGAGGGCUAACAACAGUUUUAAGAUUAGCUGGUUUGUAGUUGGUAAAUGGAGUUUUUUUGUUUGCUAUCAAAAGAUGGUGCUAUGCAUUGAUGGUUUAAUUGAUGAACUGAGUGAUUGAUAGAAAGAUUGACGGAUUGAUCAAUUGAUUUGUUGUAAGCAAUACAUAAUUUUCAACAAUAUACCAGAUUGUUAUGGAAUAACAUCAAGUUUAUUUGGGUGCUUUGGUUUCGGAUUUAAACUCCUGUCAUGAAGUUGUCUACUGACGUGAAAUUUCAUCAUGGUGAGAUACAACUGUAAACUUUUGUUCAUUGCCACUAACUAGAUGUUCGUCUUAGAUAUUUGUUUCAAAGAAAUCAACUUGAUGGUCAACAAGGGUUUGCAAUGUAGGAAAAUAAUAGAUAGGUAAAAUAAUUGAUCGCUAACGUUAGGUAUCUAUUGUUCUUAGUCAAAGAGGAUAUUAACGAACUGUUUUCCUUUACCUGGUCUCCUCAGGAACCUCAAAGACUGAAUGCAACUUUUCCUUGACUAAACCCUCUAAAUGUACCAGGAAGUUAGAGAAACUCUAUGUUAACCAGGCGAAAAUAUUUUUUCUAGGCUCUUCGUGUAUCCAUGGAAGAACAGCGACAGCGGCAGGAGGAAGAGGCGCGCAGAGCCACGGCAGCUAGUGGAGAGGAGGUUCCCACCGCUGAAGCACCCAUCGCUGACAGCGAGGAGGCAAUGCUUCAGCAGGCUUUGUCCAUGUCUACUCCGCAAACCCCAGUAUUUGACUUCAGUGCCAUGACCGAGGAACAGCAGAUUGAGUACGCCAUGAGGCUGUCGCUGCAAAACAUGGAGGCAGACGCAGAAGCAGGUGGUGACAAAGAUACGGCAGAACAGCCGGCUGAGAAGGAAGAACGAGCUGGAGCCAGUGCAAUGGAGACAGAUGGACAGGUUGUUAUAUUUUUCUUUUUCCAUAGAAUGUGAAGUAUCUGCCCAACAUUGAAUGAAAACCUUAUUUUAUUAAUACCUUUUGCCGGUAGUCUUGUUAGGAAUGGCGUUUGAUCUUCUCAAUUUAUUGCGGUAAACGCGACUAGCAACUAGAGAGGUACUGUCAAGCUCGAAACCGGAAACGAAAUUUACCAAUACGACUAAAAUUUUGACAUUCUUGAAAUAUGCAAUAUCCCUGAAUUAUGCUAACCACUCAACGGUAAUCGACGGAGAAAUGCUGUUACAGAAUUUCUAAGUUCGUUUUCCAGUGGUAAUUUUAGUUAUCUUAGGAAUGGAGUGGCUACGAGUUUCACGGAGAACGAAAAAACAACACUUGUGAUUUGAAGGUGGAGAGGGGGGAAUGAAACCAACCAUUGAAAACUUGAUAAGCAAACCAGGAGAUUUGAAAUUGCGAGAGGAAAACGCUGGGAAUGCAGCAUUUUCAAAAUUAUCCGAUUGAGCCGGGAAUGUAGGUACUUUGCUCUCCUAAAUCAAAAUGGACUGUAUUGGAUUAUGUGAAUGGUUUGUGUCAACCUUGUUUUAUGACAGGGAGAUGACGCCCAAGACAUUACUGGCGUCAUGUCUGACCCGGACUUCAUCAAGAACGUCCUCAGUACGUUACCUGGCGUGGAUCCUAGCAGCGAAGCUAUACAGAAGGUGAUAGGGACCCUGGCUCAACAGGACACUGACGAGACUAAGGACCAGGAAGAGCCUAUGGAUGAAGACUCCAGCAAAGAAAAGGAGAAGAAAAAAGACAAAAAUUAA